AUGGACGUUCGUUUCCACAAUUUGUCAGUGUCCGCGGACAUUGUCGUGGUGGACAAUUCUGGAGCCAAGUACGAACUGCCAACGAUCCCCAAUACGAUAAAGAAGGCCUUUGUCGGGCCCAAGAAACGCGUCGUACGCAAAGAAAUCCUCAAGAACAUUAGCGGUGUCUUCGCUCCGGGCGAGAUCACGCUGCUGCUGGGUCAGCCUGGUUCCGGCAAGUCGUCUCUCAUGAAAAUACUGAGUGGCAGAUUUCCAAUUGAGAAAAACAUCACGGUGGAAGGCGGCGUGACUUUCAACAACGUUCAACGAGAACAGAUCAUCCAACCUUUGCCUCAAUUCGUUUCGUACGUGAACCAGCGUGACAAGCACUUCCCCAUGUUGACAGUGAAGGAGACACUGGAGUUCGCCCACCAAUUCUGUGGAAGUACGUUGUUGAAACACAACGCAGACUUGCUCUCGCAAGGCUCUGUCCAGGAAAACCAGGAAGCGAUUGAGGCGGCUAAGGCCAUGUUUCCACACUACCCGGACGUCAUCCUUCAGCAACUUGGACUGAAAAACUGCCAAGACACGAUCGUUGGUGACGCCAUGACUCGAGGUAUCUCUGGCGGAGAGCGCAAGCGCGUUACGACGGGUGAGAUGAAAUUUGGCAUGAAGUAUGUGUCGCUCAUGGACGAGAUCAGUACGGGUCUCGACAGUGCGGCUACGUACGAUAUCAUCAGCACGCAACGUAGUAUCGCGCACAAGCUGCACAAGAACAUUGUGAUAGCACUGCUUCAGCCUUCCCCCGAGGUGUUCUCAUUGUUCGACGAUGUGAUGAUUUUGAACGAGGGUGAGCUUAUGUACCAUGGUCCCUGCAGCCAAGUCGAGGGGUACUUCGAAGGACUGGGCUUCAAAUGUCCUCCAGGACGCGAUAUUGCCAACUAUCUCCUGGAUCUGGCCUUUCGCUUGACGGCUAUUCACCAGGAGAUGCUUCGUUUUUUGGAAGCUCCAUAUGAUCAGGAGCUGCUGCGAUGUGCUAAUGAGAGCAUGAAAGCGAUGCCGAUGUUCAGCCAAUCGUUCGUCGAAAGCACCUUGACGUUGCUGAGACGCCAGGCUAUGGUUUUGUACCGGAACAAGCCCUUCAUUCUUGGACGAGUGCUCAUGAUCACAGUCAUGGGCUUGUUGUACUGCACCAUCUUCUACGACUUUGAUCCCACGCAGGUCUCUGUGGUGCUGGGUGCUGUGUUAUCCUCUGUUAUGUUUGUGUCCAUGGGCCAUUCAUCCCAGAUCGCAACGUAUAUGGCUGACCGUGAGAUCUUUUACAAACAGCGAGGAGCCAGCUUCUUCCGCACGGCGUCGUACGUUCUUGCCAACUCAGCGAGUCAAAUUCCACUAGUUCUAUGCGAGACGGUCAUCUUCGGAGUGCUCGUCUACUUUCUGUGCGGCUUUGAAGCCGAUGCGUCUCUGUUCCUCAUCUUUGAGAUCGUUCUCUUCUUCACAAACCUGGCAAUGGGAAUGUGGUUCUUCUUCCUGAGCUCAGUGGGUCCCAACGCGAACAUCGUCACGCCUUUGAACAUGUGCUCCAUCCUCGUGUUCGUGAUUUUCGCUGGCUUCAUUGUGACGACGGACCAGAUCCCGGACUAUUUGAUCUGGGCCCACUGGAUUAGUCCCAUGAGCUGGAGUAUCAAGGCGUUGUCCAUCAACCAAUACCGGUCGAGUGGCAUGGAUGUAUGCGUCUACGAUGGCGUGGACUACUGUGCGAAGUAUGGGAUGACAAUGGGCAAGUACUACUUGGACUUGUUUGGUCUGGACACGGAGAAAUCCUGGGUCACUUACGGUAUUAUCUACAUAACUGCUAUCUACGUGGUGUUCAUGAUCUUGUCGGGUCUUGCACUUGAAUUCCUCCGCUACGAGACCCCCGAGAAUGUCGACGUGUCCGAGAAGCCCAUCGAGGACGAAACCUACACGAGGAUGGAGACGCCCAAGAACAACAUAUCAGCGGCGACGGAGGACUGCGUUGUGGACGUUCAGUCGACCGCUCAGGAGAAGAUCUUCGUGCCAGUGACCAUGGCUUUCCAAGACCUUCACUACUUCGUGCCGGAUCCCCACAACCCCAAGGAAUCUCUCGAGCUGCUAAAGGGGAUCAACGGGUUUGCUGUGCCCGGGUCCAUCACAGCUCUCAUGGGCUCGUCGGGUGCAGGCAAGACGACGCUGAUGGACGUGAUCGCAGGACGUAAGACUGGCGGGAAGAUCACCGGCAGAAUCCUGUUGAACGGCUACGAAGCGAACGACCUCGCCAUCCGUCGGUGCACGGGCUACUGUGAGCAGAUGGACGUGCACUCGGAGGCUGCUACGAUCCGCGAGGCGUUGACGUUCAGCUCGUUCCUCCGUCAGGAUGCCUCGAUCUCGGACGACAAGAAGUACGACUCGGUCAACGAGUGUAUUGAGCUCUUGGGCUUGGAGGACAUCGCGGACCAGAUCAUCCGCGGCAGCUCAGUCGAACAGAUGAAGCGCUUGACUAUCGGCGUGGAGCUCGCUGCUCAGCCGAGUGUCAUCUUCCUGGACGAACCUUCCAGUGGACUGGACGCUCGCUCGGCGAAGCUCAUUAUGGACGGUCCGUCAGCCGAAGUGUUCUUCUUGUUCGAUAGUCUGCUGCUGCUGAAGCGUGGAGGCGAGACGGUGUUCUACGGAGACUUGGGCCGCGAUUGCUGUAACUUGAUCGAGUACUUCGAAGGUAUCCUGGGGGUGUCUUCCCUCCCUCUUGGCUACACAAUCCCGCGACGUGGAUGCUGGAAUGUAUUGGCGCCGGUCGCGCUGAGUGAGGCUCUGCACAACAACCUCGCCAAGGAAGGCAUCACCGCGCCCUCCCCGGACCUACCAGAGAUGAUCUUCGCCGACAAAUGUGCAGCCAACUCGGCGACGCAGAUGAAGUUCGUCGUGACCCGAUUCAUCCAGAUGUACUGGCGAACUCCGAGCUACAGCCUCACGCGCAUGAGCCUCGCUGUGUUCCUCGCACUGGUCAUCGGUCUCGUGUUUAUCGACGCUGACUACGCGUCGUACACGGGUCUAAACUCGGGUGUCGGAAUGGUCUACAUGGGUGCUCUCUUCCAAGCGAUGAUGACGUUCCAGAGUAUUCUGCCGCUUGCCUGCUCCGAGCGAGCGUCGUACUACCGGGAACGCGCGUCGCAGACGUACAAUGCGCUGUGGUACUUUGUGGGCUCGACCGUGGCUGAGAUCCCCUACUGCUUCUGCAGUGGCUUGCUCUUCACGGUUGUGUUCUACCCCAUGGUGGGCUUCACGGGCUUCUGGACUGGCGUCGUGUUCUGGCUGACGAUCUCGCUGCUGGCUCUCAUGCAAGUGUACCAAGGAAUGAUGUUCGCUUUCUUGUUGCCGUCCGAGGAAACCGCGUCCAUCUUCGGACUUCUCUUCAAUCCCGUCACGAUGAUGGGGAUGGGCUACAGUCCUCCGUCCUACUCGAUCCCGUCCGGUUACACGUGGCUGUACCGAAUUUCCCCCUUGCGAUUCCCUCUCUCGAUUCUGGAGGCGCUGGUGUUUGCGGACUGUGACGACCUUCCAACGUGGAACGAGACGACGCAGUCGUAUGAGAACGGGGGCUCCAAGAUCGGAUGCCAGCCCAUGGCCGACUCCCCCGUGACGGUGGGCCACAUCACCGUCAAGGAGUACACGGAACAGUACUUUGGCUACGAGCACGAGAGUAUCACGCACUUCUUCUUCAUCCUGAUCGGCUGCAUCAUUCUCUACAGCGUCGUCGGACUCAUUGCGCUGCGCUACAUCAACCACCAGAAGCGGUAG